AUGGCUCAAGUGGACACACAACAACUAGUUGAGCAGGUCGUGUUUGGGGUUGCUGUGGUAUCCAAUGGACCUGCACAUGUAUUGUUCGAUGAAAUAUCUCUCAAAGAAAUGGACGCAACACAUCUAGAGCAGGCUGUCUUCAUGACACCGGGGGUGUCUGAUGGUUGUGGGAUGAAAUGGCUGCUGCUAUUGGCGCGCACCACGGUUUACUUCAGCACUCUCAGUGGAUUUACUUUGGAGCAAGUGGUGUCUACAACUGCAGCCAUGAGCAGGAUAUGUGCUAAUCUGGACAAGCAGAAAAUGUAUGGAUUGAGCAAGUGCAAGAAACUGCAGCCAAGGAGAGAGAGCUUUCACAAUCUGUGCCUUCCCUGCACAUGCAAGGCUGCUGCCUUCUGCACACGGGUGGAGAGGAAUGCGAUGUAA